AUGAGCCCCAAGAAGAAGAAGAACACAGCCAGCGGUGUGAUCACCUUCCACACACCUUUUCCUGCCAGCCUGUUGAAAUCAGAGGAGUGCAGGGCAGAUGUGAAGGAUGGUACAGACUGCAGAGGGAGUCUGUCUCAUGUGACUGUGAGGAUGAGGAGCCCCGCUAAAUGUGUAAGAGGAGGGAAAAGGGAUGAGGCCUCACCCUGUGGGCCACAGCCGGGAGCCAAACAGGACCGGCUCUCUCACACCUCCCUCAGAAGACUGAAGGACUUGGAGAGGUUUCUGAAUCAACGGGACGUAACAGAGCUGAGGAGGAGGGAGCUGCUGCACAAACGCUGGACUGAGCGGGUGUGGUUUCCCCUCCAGACGAGGGUGGAGGAACAUGUGUCCAGCUGCAGCCCCGCGUCUGUCAGGAGGCGCCAGAGCUUAUACAGUCACUACCUCCAUCACAGCAACACCAAGGGCUUUGUGUUUCUAGAAACCUAUGACCUGAAGGAAUACAAUCCAUUUCUUCUACACAUCAAAAAGCCACACUUUUUCAAGCUCAGUACAGCCGACUUAAAGGACCCAUUGUUCCUUCAGUUACAUGAAAGACUGAAGGAAAAGAGAACAGCCCGUUCUUGUGAAGCAGGAUGCAAAUACACAAGGAGACAAGUAGAGAAGCUACCUCAGAGUGGUCGUCCUCUUUGUGAGUCUGUGACUACUCAGACCGGCGUACUGCUACAGGCCUCAUCUAAUCCUCCAGCCACUGCAUCCAGAAACACUCCAGUGGGAGAUGAGACGGAUGGGAGGAGGUCCAGCAGGCUCGACACCAUCCCAUACCACAUCACUGCAACUUCCACACCAGAUGGGAGGUGCCAUCAGACCGGCUGCUGGCUCCUCAGAUGUGGAUGUCAUCAACAACCAGCGAGUUAACAACAGCUUCAGUCCUCGCCCACAU